AUGGGAGUCUGCAGGUCCACGAGUCCAAACCAAGUCAACGUUUGUGCCCAAACUGGCCCCAGCAGGGUCGUCUGGGAUCUGUCCGUCAUCACAGCCGUCUUUUUCCUCGUGUCCUCUUUGGGGUUCUGGGCUCAGGUUGGGCAGGUGUCUGGUCUAGGAGGAGAACCCAGACCUCCCUCUCCCCUGAGGCCACUUGAGGUCCUUCUGGGGGUUCUCGAGGUGUCCCAGACCUGGGAGGAUGUUCUGAUGGUUCCUGUCUCCUGCAGGGACGCCUUCGUCCUGGCCAUCAUCAACAGUGGGACCAGUUUCUUCGCGGGCUUCGUGGUCUUCUCCAUCCUGGGCUUCAUGGCCGCCGAGCAGGGAGUGGACAUCUCCCAGGUGGCAGAGUCAGGUCCAGGUCUGGCCUUCAUUGCAUACCCAAAGGCAGUCAGUCUGAUGCCGGUGGCUCCUCUCUGGGCGGCGCUCUUCUUCUUCAUGCUGCUGCUGCUUGGACUGGAUAGUCAGUUUGUCGGGGUGGAGGGCUUUGUGACCGGCAUCCUGGACCUGUUUCCUGGGAAACCCUACCAUCGCUACAAGCGUGAGAUCUCUGUGGCGAUCUGCUGCUUGCUGUGCUUCAUCAUCGACAUCUCCAUGGUGACGCAGGGCGGGAUGUUCGUCUUCCAGCUGUUCGACUACUACUCCGCCAGUGGCAUGACGCUGCUGUGGCAGUCCUUCUGGGAGUGCAUCGUGGUGGCCUGGGUCUACGGUGCGGACCGCUUCAUGGAUGACAUCGCCCGUAUGAUCGGUUACCGGCCGUUCCCCUGGAUGAAGUGGUGCUGGUCCUUCAUCACGCCGUGCGUCUGCAUCGGCAUCUUCCUGUUCCACCUGGUCCACUACAAGCCGCUGACCUACAACAACGUGUACGUGUACCCGUGGUGGGGCGAGGUCAUCGGCUGGUGCCUGGCGCUGUCCUCCAUGCUCUGCAUCCCCGUCAGCGUCCUCUACAAGCUCUUCAGGGCCAAGGGAACCUUCAGAGAGCGCUGGGCCCACCUGACCAGUCCGGUCUGGGGGGCCCACCACCUGGACUACAUGGCCCCCGACAUCAAGUCACUGAGCUCUCUGUCCCCCGGCACUGAAGACAACAAGGUCAUCAUCUUUGAGAGCGUCAUGUAGGCCAGACGCAGGCCGACCCACCUGAGACAAGAUGGCCGACCUCGCACCACUGCCGGGACUGAUGAGCAGGCUCCGCCCACAUCGACCGGUCCACAUCAUCCCAGAACUUUUAACCUCCUCCUGGACCUGUCCUCGUCUUU